AUGCCCGCGAACCAACGGCAAAAGACUGCUCAGUCUCCUCCGUCUCCCUCGACUAAGGCCACUGCGAAGUACACGAACAAGGAUGGUUCCAAGUUCAUAACUGUCCCCAAGAGCUCGAAUAUUUCCGAUUCGUCUGAGUCAUCUCCAGCCGCCAUGGCCCAACCCAUCACCAAAUCGAACGGACAAACGCCGACCUCUCCGCCUCCCACCAAUGGCUCCGCACCGGCCGUGAAUAGGAAGAAGCAAAAGAGGAGAGAGAAACAGGCGGCGAAGCUGGCUGCUGAGCAACCGACGAUGCCCCAGACGAACGGUGUACGAUCCCAGAGUACCACCCAGGAACAGAUACAGGAUGUGGAGCAGCGUUUUCGGGACCAAACACUGGAUGAGCAGUAUGAUGAUGGCAAUGGCCACUUUGAUCCGGCGGAAGGGGAGCCGUAUUACAGCGAAGAAGAUGGCGACGCAUAUUCCGGCUCAUAUGGUCAAGCUGGCUCUCCUGCAAACGGAUACACGCACCCAAAACGCUCAGGAAAGGCGUCCAAGAAGAAAAAGAAGGCCAAAGCAUCGCAGCAAGAACCCCCGCAUCCUCAUCACCACGGAGCGAACGGGGGUGCACCCCGCUCUCAACUACCGCUUCCUUUGUCCACGCUAGCUACAAAUAUGCCUCGAGGCCCGGGAAUAUCAAGGGAGAAGAUAUGGAAUACUUCUUCCCAAGAGGAGCGCGAGCGAAUAAAGGAAUUCUGGCUCUCACUUGGCGAAGACGAGCGCAAGUCACUCGUCAAGGUUGAAAAGGAUGCGGUACUGAAGAAGAUGAAGGAGCAACAGAAGCACUCUUGUAGUUGUACUGUAUGUGGUCGCAAACGCACAGCCAUCGAGGAGGAGCUCGAAGUGCUCUACGACGCAUAUUACGAAGAGCUCGAGCAAUAUGCGAACCAUCAGGGAGAUGGAGGCCCUUCAAUGCCCCCGCCUCGUCGUUUCGGGACCAUUAGUGGCCUCCAACCCCCACAUAUUCUUCCUCAAACCUUCCAUGGCCAGCAGCCUUCACGUGGCAGGAUAGUGGAACAUCCGGGCGACGAUGAGGACGACGAGGGCGACGAGGACUACAGCGAGGACGACGGAGACGAGGAUGACUACAGCGAUGAGGAACCGGAAGAAAUUCCGCGGAGCCACGCGCAGGACUUUUUCAAUUUCGGAAAUAGUCUAACUGUGCAAGGGGGAAUCCUGACAGUAGCGGACGACCUGCUUAAAAACGACGGGAAAAAAUUCAUCGAAAUGAUGGAGCAGCUUGCAGAGCGUAGAAUGGCACGAGAGGAAGAUGCUCGGCAAGCCUUUCCGAGCAAUUAUGGUCACCCGCAGAAUGGCGCCAUGCACAAUCAUAACCAUCCACAUAACCAUCCGCCUCCGCCCGAUGAUGAGGAGUAUGAUGACGAGGAUGAAGAAGAUGACGAGUAUGACAGUCAGGAUGAGGACUACGACGAUGAGGAAGUGGAUACCAUGACUGAAGAGCAGCGGAUGGAGGAAGGACGCCGAAUGUUCCAGAUAUUUGCAGCUCGGAUGUUUGAACAAAGAGUACUGACAGCCUACAAAGAUAAAGUCGCGAAAGAGCGACAGCAGAAACUUCUCGAGGAGCUUGAAGAGGAGAGUCGGGCGGGCGAGCAGAAAAAGGCCAAGAGAGCCAAAGAUGCCCAGAAAAAAAAGGAGAAGUUGGCGCAGAAAAAGCAACUUCAGGCAGAGGAAAAGGCCAGGCGCGAGGCCGAAAAGGCCGCCGAGGAGGCCGCUCUCCGCGAAGCGGAAGAGAGAAAGGCCGAAGAACAGCGUCAGAAAGCCGAGGAGAAGCGAAAGAAGAAGGACGCCCAGCGUAAGGCCGAGGAAGAAGAGCGGAUUCGGAAGGAAGCCGAGAAGCAGCGACAACUUCAAGAGAAGCGCGAACGCCAAGCUGAAAUCGAGCGCAAGCAGCGUGAAGCCAAGGAAAAGGAGCGUAAAGAGAAGGAGGCUUUAAGGCAGAGAGAGAAAGAGGCUAAGGAAGCCAAAGAACGUGAAGCCAAGGAACGACGCGAAAAUCUCGAGAACGAGAAAAGAGAGAAGGAUGCAAAGGCCAAAUCUGAGAAAGAAGCGAAGGAAAAGCAGAAGCGUGAGGAGAACGCUGCUCAGCAAGCAGCCGCCCAAGCUGCUCUCAUUGCAACUCAAGUGAAGCGACCACCGGUACCGAUCCCUGCGAACCUCCAACCUCAUCCUGUAGUUUCGCCACACAUCCCAGUCGCUACUCCAGCAAUAAUCCCCAAGGCGCCGACCCCUGUCAAGUUGCGUACGACCUCCUCACAACAAGAAUCUAAUCCAUCCGUACCUCAAACUCCCCAAACCGUCAGCGCUAGCCAAAAUGUGUCGCCAGUUCCAUCUACCCCUUUGCAAGACAGUCCUGGCCCCAUCGGACCCCCAGGCAAGCACCAAAAUUCACACCUGUUCCAUCCCCAGGCGACCUCGCCCAUACAUGCAACUGUAAAAGGUCCUCCGGGAAUUCAACAGCCACUUCCUUUUGCAUCAAUGGGACCAAUGCUUAAUCAUUCAACCAUGCCGAUCAUGGGCCCAGGUUUUGGGCCGGGACGAAUGCAACAUGACCCAAUGUUUCCCAACCAACCUCUGGGAGGAUUUCGACCUAUGCCUGGGAUGAAUGGAAUACCUCAUCAACCUGGAAUUGGUAUGCAUAUGCCACAAGCAAGAGGUUUUAAUAUGCCCUAUGGUCCCCCAGGAUUUCCUCAGCAAAUGCCGAAUGGUUUGGGAGGCAUUGGACAGAUGUUUGGCGUCUCUAAGGAUGCAACUCCGUCACAGUCUCAUUCACGACAUCACUCUGGCACCUACGAUGUUCCAAGCACGCAAGCUCAACCUAUUGGUCGGCCCGCCCCUAUUGGUCGCCCAGGUAGCGUUGUACACGGCCAACGUCACGGCGAUUUCGAAAAGAAUGAUAUGGACGAGCUAAGUAAUCGUCUGGGAAGUAGUGUAUUGUUAGAUGAUUCCGACGAGCCAUUAAACCCAGGCGCUGGAGUCAGACGUUCGAGUGCGGCCCCUAUCACCCGACAGCCCUUUGUUUCGCCCUUUGGCAAUCCCUCUUUUGGUGCCCCAGUGAACAAUUACAACUCAUGGGGUGUUCCAAAUCCUUUUGGGCCAUCUUCUCUGCCUGGUUCAAACUUUAUGGGGGGCGGUGGUUGGGGCUCCGCAAAUAGCUCUUUCGGAGCUGUUGGUCUUCCUCAGCCAAUGCGACCGUCACAUUCUCGCCCCAUCACUGUUCGGCUACUGAUUACUCAAGCUUGCAAGAACCUAGAAGGCACGUCGCCGGAUGGUUACUUCGAUAUCAACCUCGUCAAGAGGGAAGUCGACAGUAUCAACACAAGUGACGACCCAGUUUCCGAGGCCGAAUUGCUCGAUAUCUGUGAAACAGAAGGCAACGCGGUGAAUGGUGGAGGCUCGUUCGAUGUGCGCGCAAUUGGAACAACUCGAUCAAUCCGCUACGAAACCGAUGCACUUCCACCUCAUAGACCCUUGGGCGCUCCCGGCGAAAUUGGUAGUCCCAUCAUGGGCAGCGGUAACUUCUCUCGCUUCCACGGUCCUCCUCCCGGCUUCUAA